AUGGCAAAACUUUGUUUUCUAAUCCUUAUGGCGUUUGCCAUCGUUCCUGCGGUAAUGUCUUCGGUAAUCAAGCAUAAGCCUAAAUCGUGCCAUGAAAUAAAGGAGUUUAUGCAAACAACCGAAAAUGGAUUCUAUAACCUGUUCGAUUCUAAUCUCAGCCCAUAUACAACUUAUUGCGAUUUCGAAUCGGAGCCCCCAUUCAUUUGGACCUUAAUUGAAUCCGUUACCUUACACGAAGCCCAACAGUUAGAAAACCGAAAAUCUUUUUAUUAUGACCAUCCUCUUGCUGAGUGUCAUAUAAAUUGGAAUAAAUUCCGUUUAUCUAAAGUUCGAAUACAAAGUAUCCAAGGUUCAUACGGUACAACGCAUUAUCGAGUUACUUGCAACUUUAAUCCCGUUAAUGGAACUGGCUUAACAAACCAUCGCGAUUACCUUCGAGGUUCUCUCUGUCAAUACACGAACUUUUAUAGUGCCACCUCAAGUUACUAUUGCGUUCGCGUUGAUUACAUUAACGUUCGAGGAAAACUUUGCCGAAAGUGCAGGGUACCAUUUUAUGGAGGUAAUACAAAUCAUCAGUUUGUUGAUUUGGGAACAGCAGCAACAGCUUGCGAUAGAUUCGACGUUCCGGAUAAAAUAUCGAGUGAAGAUGUAUUUGGAAACUACAAAAAUGUCAAUCCACAGUUCUCUUGCUCCGCCAAUUCCAAUUCUACAACCAAUUGGUGGUUAGGCGGUGCUUUCAUUGCAGAACAAUUAAUAUAUUAA